UCAACCUGGAGAGAGAUAUGAUAUUUUGCUCGGUAAAACUCCAUUUCACUGCAGUGAUAGCACAGUACACAGUACCACAGCGAGCGGUUGUCUUGACGCGUUGUGUCUAAACCAGUGACUAGUGACGUCUCUAGACAAAAAAUGUCGUGCUCAUUACCGAAUAGAAAAAUCGGGAUCAUCGGAAGUGGCCUCAUUGGAAGAUCAUGGGCGAUGAUAUUCGCAUCAGUCGGAUACAGAGUAUGGAUUUAUGAUAUCGAACCAAAACAAAUCGAAAACGCUCUUGAAGAUAUCAAGAAGCAACUAGUUUCUUUGGAGCAACAUGGAUUACUAAGGGGAACUUUGAAUGCUGAACAACAAUAUGCAUGCAUCAAAGGUACAACUAAACUAGAAGAGGCAGUAAAAGGGGCUGUCUUAGUACAGGAGUGUGUCCCAGAAAAUCUGGAACUCAAGAGGAAAGUAUGGAAACAGGUCGAUGAUGUUGCGGAUCCCUGCACAAUAUUUUCUAGCUCGACAUCGACAUUUUUACCGUCCAAGUUUAGCGAUCAUUUGAAAAACAAGAAAAACAUAAUAGUAUCACAUCCAGUGAAUCCCCCAUACUACGUUCCUCUAGUGGAGAUUGUUCCAGCUCCUUGGACAGAUCCAGAAGUUGCCAAGAAAACAAGAGCCAUCAUGGAAGAAGUUGGUCAAACCCCAGUGUCUUUAUCCAAAGAAGUUCCCGGCUUCAUCGUCAAUAGAAUUCAAUAUGCAAUUCUCAACGAAACAUGGAACUUGAUCACAGACGGAGUCCUAACUGUGAACGACAUUGACAAAGUGAUGUCUGAGGGUCUAGGUAUGCGAUACGCUUUCCUUGGCAUGCUGGAAACAACACAUUUAAAUGCUGAAGGGUUCGUGAACUACUGCGAACGGUAUGCGAAUACUAUUCACGCAGUCAGUAAAGAUUUCAAGCCGUUACAAAAAAUGGAAGGACAGCAUGUGAAGGAGGUAGCUAAGCAGUUGGAGGCAGACGUACCGUUGAACAAACUUCAGGAGAGAAGAAACUGGAGAGAUUUGUGUCUGACUAAACUAAGUCAACUGAAAAAGGAGAUGGAGAAGCUGAAGAAAUAAGCUGUGCCAUAGAAUGUUCCGUGUAACUCUUCUACUUACUUAAAAAUAUUCGUAUUCACAUCAUCUUUGAUGCUAAGAUUAUUGAUUGGACAUAAUUUUGUUAAUGAAUUACACGCUUAAUAAAUGAUAUUAAAACUGUGUUAUUACUUGUUAUUCUAAAAUUGUAUGUGUUCUGCUGUUAAGUAAACUGGAAAAGUAUG